AUGUAUAAUUUAGCUCACCUGUCCGAGCUAGAUUUGAGUCACAAUCUGCUCAUGGGAGAAAUAUCGUCACAAAUUGAAAAUUUGCAGAGUUUGGAGGAGCUAUAUCUCUCCCACAACAACCUCUCUGGUUUACUUCCAGAGGCUUUUGAAAAAAUGCAUAGCAUGAUGUAUGUUGACAUAUCCUACAAUGGGUUUCGAGGUCCCAUUCCCAGCAACAAUGCCUUUAGAAAUGCUACCAUAGAGGCAUUACAAGGGAACAAUGCACUUUUACUUCUUGGUGCAUUCAUUGGACUCCUCAUCAUGUUUGGAAGUAGGAAAGGUAAAGCACCAAUUGAACAAGGCUAUUUCCAGGAUGAAAACAAUCUGUUUUCAAUUCCUAAUUUUGAUGGAAGAGCAAUGUAUGAUGAAAUCUUAGAAGCCACUAAUGAAUUUGAUGCCUCAUAUUGCAUUGGGAAAGGAGGAUACGGAACUGUCUACAAAGCAAAGUUGGCAUCAGACAACAUAGUGGCUGUGAAAAAACUUCACCCAUUAUCUGAGACAGCAGAUUGCCAAGGGUUUUCGAAUGAGGUGAGGGUAUUGACUGAAUUACGACAUAAGAACAUUGUCAAGCUUUAUGGCUUCUGUUCAUAUGCUCAACAUUCAUUUCUGAUUUGUGAGCACUUUGAAAGGGGUAGCUUGGCCACAAUCCUAAGCAGAGAUGAAGAGGCUAAACUUUUGGAUUGGGCCAAGAGGGUGAAUAUCAUUAAGGGGGUGGCUCAUGCCGUAUCUUACAUGCACCAUGAUUGCUCACCCUCAAUUGUUCAUAGGGACAUAUCAAGCAACAAUAUUUUGUUGGACACCGAGUAUGAGGCUCAUGUCUCAGAUUUUGGCACUGCUAAGCUUUUGAGGCUGGACUCAUCAAAUUGGAGUAAACUUGCAGGCACAUAUGGAUAUAUGGCACCAGAACUAGCUUUCACAAUGAAGGUGACCGAAAAGAGCGAUGUGUAUAGCUUUGGGGUGUUGACACUGGAAGUGAUCAAAGGAAAGCAUCCAGGCAAUCUAACCACCUCACUACCAUCUACAUCUAUUGGUCAUAACAUAAUGCUGAAAGAUGUGUUGGACCAACGGCUUCCAGCUCCCUCAACCGAAGCUGAAGAGGUGUUGAUAUCAAUUGCGGAGAUGACCAGUGCAUGUUUAAAUGUCAAUCCACAAUAUAGGCCGACUAUGCACAUUGUCUCACACAUGUUGUCAACCCUAGUAACACCUUCCUAG